GCACAUCCUACCAUGGCUUACUGGGCUCCUUUCUGUGUCGCACCUACCUUCUGCUUCUGCCAAUAUGCAUGAGGAUAUGGACAAGGCCAUGUCAUUCCAGAAAGAGCAGCUACAGCGUAUGAGCGACUUCCUUGGCCCGCCGGGGUCUCAAGAGGGUACAGAAACCCUUUCCGCAAGGGCACCAGCCAAGCGCGAAUCCACGAUCACUUUCUCGAACCCGAAAGCGCGGGAAUUCCUGGUUGACGGGACCAAAUUGCCUGACGUUCCCUUUGACGCAGGUCCAUCGUGGUCUGGUCUCAUGCCAAUCUCUGGUGAUCCCAAUGAAACCCGCAAACUCUUCUUCUGGUUUUGGCCCACAAGAAACGCUUCGAAUGUGGACGAUUUAGUCUUCUGGACAAACGGUGGACCUGGAUGCUCAUCCCUUGAGGGUUUCUUCCAGGAAAACGGCCCUAUUACAUGGAACUGGGGCCAAUCCGCACCUACUGAAAAUCCCUGGUCUUGGACCAACCUGUCUAACGUCCUCUGGGUAGAGCAGCCCGUUGGAACCGGAUUCAGCCAAGGAACGCCGAACAUCACGAACGACGACGAGCUCGCUGAACAAGUCGCGGGCUUCCUUUCCCAGUUCCUCGAAGUCUUCAGUGAACUGAAGGGUAGCAACUUCUACGUCUCGGGAGAAAGCUAUGCUGGUUUCUAUGUCCCGUAUAUUGCGAACUGGAUCUACGAGCAUCCCAGCACGGUGGACCUGAAACUCAAGGGUAUAUGGAUCGCGGACCCUUCUCUGACAUAUGGCGUUGUUCAAGAGCAGAUACCUGCACUUCGCUUUGCACAGGCGAACAGGAACCUCUUCCCGUUCAAUUCAUCGUUUUACGCGCAGCUGCAGAACGUUUCUGACACAUGUGGCUACACCGACUACCUUGAUUUUGUCACAUAUCCUCCGACAGGUCAGCUGCCGUUCCCGGCCGCGGUCGAACCGGGAACCUUCGGGACCAUUCAGCGCAGUUGCGACAUAUUUGACUCCAUCAUCAAUGAGGUCACCAAAUUGAAUCCCGCAUUCAAUAUCUACCGCAUCUCAGAUACUUGGCCGAUUGUCUGGAGUGUUCUUGGUUUCCCUCGCGCCACGCAGGAGUUUAUCUACUUCAAUAGGACCGAUGUACAAGAUGCAAUUCAUGCACCGCAUAUCGAAUGGAGCACCUGUGCCAGUGGAUCCGUCUACGUCUCCGCAACCGGCGGCCGUGGUAGAGAUCAGUCCAUCCCCUCAACUCUCAGCGUGCUCCCGAACGUCAUCGAGAAGUCCGAACGAACGGUGAUUCAGCACGGCCUUGCUGCAAGUUCCGACCGCUUCCGUGCAGACAUGAUAUUGAUAGCGGAGGGCACGCGAAUUGCUAUCCAAAACAUGACUUGGGGAGGCCUCCAAGGAUUCCAGACGCCUAUAGAACCUGAGACGUUCGUCGUGGAGAACAUGGGCGUGUACGGGAACAUGCACCAGGAGCGGAACCUCACUUAUGUAGAGUUCUUCUUCAGCGGCCAUAUGACACCCCAGUUUGUCCCUUGGGCCACUUUCCAGACGAUCGGCUACUUGCUCGGCAAGCGGCCUUCGCCUUCCGCCUGA